GAAGAAUUCUCGAAAACAUAUGUUCGCUUACACUGACUUCUGAUCUUGCUAUGGGUUCUUACAAAGUGAAUAAAAGUUGUUUCAUUCGAUUUCAGCUUACGGGUUCGAAACAUUUCCAACGCAUUCUUUUCGCAAUGGUUGGCUUUGCAGGCACUUUCACCCAACCUGAUGGCCUUCACUCUAGACCACUUUUGGACACCUUGAAUUAAUUGUGGUAAAUCGGUGUACUGGGCUUAGCUUUUGUCAGCGCGAACACUGAAUGCCUACCUUUAAUGCUUCCUAAAAUCUUGACGUUUCUUUUUAGUGCAAACCUAACUAUUCCUGAUGUGGAAUGUACUCAGCGCUGCUGACUCCGCAUUUGCUCUUCUCCUUUGUUGGUCGUUUCUAUGGAUAUGCCCGUAUUCCAAAGUUGAGGAAAGUUUUAACAUGCAAGCAUCGCAUGAUAUCAUCUACUUUCGAACGAAUGUCAGUCGCUACGAUCACUUACAGUUUCCUGGAGUUGUGCCACGCACAUUCGUUGGUGCUCUCCUACUAACCUCCAUCCCGAUAUGUGUUUUCCCACUUUUACAAAUGUCGAAGUUUUCUAUGCAAUAUACAGGUAUUCGAUCGACUGACCGUACUACUCUUCAGUUCGUUUUCUACUCGGGUCUGUGGUUACUAUCAGCUUCAUGGGUUUUGCCUCAACUGCACGCAAAUGUGUUGGUCGGGCAGCGUACCGGCGUUUUAUGUGGAUUAGCCUCACACAAUUCCAUUUCUUUUUCUACGCAUCAAGGAGCCUACCUAACACUUUGGCCUUGAUUUUUGGUGGAAGCAUCCUAGUUGAUUCCUUCUUCUGGAGGCGUUUUGUCUGGCCUGAGGGCGUCGUAUUUUAUUACAACACCAUCUUGAACAAAAGCAUCCAAUGGGGUUCAUCUCCUUUUCAUUGGUAUUUCUCUUCCGCAUUACCCAGGGCUCUUUUAGGCACAUAUGCAUUCUCUCUGAUGUGUGCCGUCUAUGUUCUCUUGUCGUUUGUUUGGAAUCGUUCUACGAGGAUGUGUGUGAUUCCAACCAUGGUCACUGGCUUGAUGUUCACUGCCUUCGCCUUUGUCUUCCUAUACUCUUGGCUACCUCAUAAGGAGCUCCGGUUCAUAAUCUAUGCAAUACCUUUAUUCAACCUGGCUGCAGGCACUGCAUGGGCUAAGCUUGAGCAGGCGGACAUACACAUCAAGGUGCGGUCCCGUAGCAAAUCGUCCGUGUUUAUUAGAAAGUGGACCAUUUUCACUCUUUACGCACAUUUGGUUGUAAACAUUUCCUGUACUUUCCUCCUGUUACUCGCUGCCAAGAAAAACUACCCUGGUGGGGACGCGCUUGCCAAAUUGAAUAGCUGGCCAGGUCUGCGCGAGCGCCCUAACGUUCAGAUUCACAUAUGCAAUCUGGCUGCCCAAACUGGAGUCACGCGGUUUCUCGAGGAGCAUCCACGCUGGAUAUACAAUAAAACGGAGCACAUUGAGAACGAUGUACAACAGCUACUUGCAUCUGGCUUCACCCACAUCAUUUCAGAGAUACCUGCAGAACAGAUGUCCUAUCUGUCUUCGGAGUUCAAACUACUGUUCACGGUUGACGCUUUUAGUAAGAUCCGUGUGAGACCUAAUCUGAGAUUAUGGAGGUUUGUGGAACUCCUCACAGCACCUUCACUAGCUAUAUACGAGAGAAAAAGCAAUAACACCACAUAG